AAAUAAUAACGAAAAUAAAGUAAAAAAAAAUGGAGAUAAGAGAAACGCCGAAUUUGAGUUUCCUGAUCCAUAUAAAUGGACUAGGAAUUGGCUCUCAUUCUCUGGGAACCCAAAAACCCUAGCAGGUUUAAUCUUUCAGAGGUGUUCUCGUCGUCCCCGAAUCUGGUCUUAGUCAUGGCGGCAGCUCCUAACACCACUGCACCACCUCGUCAGCUCUCUCAGAAGGAGGCCGACAUCCAGAUGAUGUUGGCUGCUGAAGUCCAUCUCGGAACUAAAAACUGCGACUUCCAGAUGGAACGAUAUGUUUUUAAGCGCCGCAAUGACGGCAUAUAUAUUAUUAAUGUGGGAAAGACUUGGGAGAAGUUGCAGCUGGCGGCCAGAGUUAUAGUUGCCAUUGAGAACCCACAGGACAUAAUUGUCCAGUCUGCAAGGCCUUAUGGGCAAAGAGCAGUUCUGAAGUUCGCUCAGUACACUGGUGCUCAUGCAAUUGCUGGAAGGCACACUCCUGGUACUUUCACUAACCAGCUGCAGACAUCGUUCAGUGAGCCUCGCCUUCUCAUUCUUACAGAUCCCAGGACCGAUCAUCAGCCCAUCAAGGAAGGGGCUCUUGGUAAUAUUCCAACCAUUGCUUUCUGUGAUACGGAUUCGCCCAUGCGGUAUGUUGACAUUGGCAUUCCAGCCAAUAACAAAGGAAAACAUAGCAUUGGGUGUCUCUUUUGGUUGUUAGCAAGGAUGGUCUUGCAGAUGCGGGGCACAAUUCGUGCUGGUCAUAAGUGGGAUGUCAUGGUGGAUCUCUUCUUCUACAGAGAACCUGAAGAGGCCAAGCAGCAGGAGGAGGAAGAAGCGGCUGCUCCUGCUGACUUUGGUAUCACUGAUUACGCAGCUGCUGGAAUUGGUGGUCUACCUGCUGAUCAAUGGCCUGCCCAAAUAUCUGACUGGCCUGCUGAAGUUGGUCAACCUAUCCCAGCUGUUCCCGCUGAAUGGACUGCCGAUGCUAGUGUUCCUUUAACCGCUGAGGGUUGGGAUACUGCAAUUCCUCCAGCACAGCUACCUCCAACUGGCAUUGACGGUGCAGCCUCUGCUACUGGAUGGGAUUAAAAGAAAGUUUGUCUAAAUUCAUCUCAUGCUCAUAUGUAGUUUAGUUAGAAUUUUCGUUCUACUUUUCGUUUUACAUAGAACAUGGGCCUUAUGGAACACAAAUGGGCCAUAAGAAGCCCAAAUAGGAAUAAUUUUCAUUUCUUUUUUGGCUAAUAUAUCCAUUUUUUUAUUUAUGUGAUUGAAAACUUUCUUAUGAUCGAGUACCCACUUUAUGUUAGAUUAUUAUAUCUUAUUGCCAUAUUACAUGUAAGUUGAGAUAGUAUCCCGUGGAUUACAUAUAAUGGGAGCGGAAGAAGCUCAUCAUACAUUGGCGAUGUCUUCUAUGAAUUGAUGAUUGGCAUGCUUAUUUUUAUUUUA